AAAUGGCUGGAAGUUCAUCGGCACCAUCGUCGACUGUUGAAAGAUUGAAGCAACUCGAGGCGGUUGAGGGUGAUAUAGUCAAUGCUAUUCAGAGUGCAGGAUCUGCUCUUCAAGAAUUAUCGAAAGACAAACCAGUGAUGAAAAAUGUUGAAUCCCACACCACCACCUUUAUUAAAACUCUGGUAGAUGUAGAAAAGAAGUUAACAGGACAUAUCAACUACCUUACACAAGUUUCUACGGGACAGCCUCAUGAAGGUUCUUCAUACGCCCCACAAAAAGAUCUAUUACUGGCCUACCAUCGCAUUGACCACAUCAGAAGUCGUCUUAACGAUCUGGAGAGAGUGACAGCAGAACCUGUGGUUCAUCGACAGCAACUCACACAGUCGGACUUGUUACAGAUGAGUGAACAACACUGACAGGGUCUAGACUUUAUAGUAUUUGACCCUUUAUGUUGUAUUGCAGCAAUGCAAGUUGCAUCUGUAAAUAAGUGCAAUUUACUGUAAUACAGAGUAUCUAACAUGUAUUCAUAUGGCAGCUAAAUCAUUGUUAAAAAAUUCAGAAGAUGGAAAAUUUUGAGAAAUGGAAAGUAAAUGCCUAGGUAUAGGAUGGACUCCUAGAUCCCAAGUUGUAAAAGAAUCAUGUUUUGUGCAUGGAAUCCACUAAUCUGUUUUUGCAUGUGAUUAUGGAUUUGUUAACAACAUCUAUAGGAUAAUGUGCAUUAUAGUAAUAAACAUUUUAGGUAAUUAAAUGUACUCUUUAGGAUAGUGAAGCAGUGUUCAAGUGUACAUAAAUAUUAAUUAUUAUGAUGUUAAUUUUACAUGUACGUUAUU